AUGGCCGCUUACUUCGUUCUUCUGGCGUGUACAGUUGCAGGAACUAUUCAGAAUGUGUACGGCGCUUGCCACCUCCGUAACUCCUACAACAUCGGCAGCUGUGGUAAUGGACUGACUUACAAUGAAUAUCCACUGCCCAGAUCUUGCGGGGUAUUGGGUAGUGAUUAUGAAGCUAUAGUAUCCGCUGCCGAUGGCGGUGGUUUUGCUAUCCGAAGCUACUCCGCAGCACCUCCUAGUGGGGUAUCUGUUAUAUCAGAGAAUGAGUAUGCAGGUAUUCUUGCUGUGAUUGGUGAGUUACCAUUCUUGGGUACUACGUACUUGGAGGGUGCGGUACCGUCAGCAGGUGCGGGCGCGGUGGCAUACGGCUGUGGGUCUGGUGAUGUUCGUAUUCUGAAUGAAGAUGCUAUCGGUACUGGUCUGGGAUUCGCUGAUGGUAUCUCAUACGCAGGUUUAGGUUACAACAGUGGUUGUGGUUGCGGCAGAUUGUUUUAA